GUAAGUUACCUAACUACCUGCUCGUAAAAUUUAUUAUUCCAAAUAUCUUGAAUGCUCAAAAUUUUCAAACUGAUUACAUUUUCUGUACAAAAUGAGUGACUCCGAAGUUAACAUGGGCCAGAUUGAAAUAAUGGUAGAGUAUAUGGAACGUAACGGUGAUCUAAGUAUAUUUCAAGAAGGCAAUGUCAAGGAUGAAUUAGAGAAUCUUCAGAAGUGGAUCGAUCUAACUGAUACAUUGAAUGUCGAAUCUAAUGGAGCUCCUAAGACUCUAAACGGAUGGAAGCAGUGUUGGCUGAGUUUGAAAAUGAACGCGAUAAGCAAACUUCAAAGAACUAUUAAGAAGAAAGGUAGGCACACGAAACCAACAGAUAUUGAUAAACGUAUCAUGUCUAUGAUAGAGAAAAAACCGAUGAAAAUUAAUAGGAAGAGAAAGCUGAUUGAAUGUAGAGAACAAGUGGGUGAUAUCGAAGAAGUAGUUUCUGACGAAGAGGUGGUUAAGGACGAUGCGUCUAAGAAACACGCGGAGGAUAGUCAGGAGGCCAUUUUGGGUCGGGACGAGGUCAUUGUGGCCCGUGAGGAAGUCGCUGAGGGCCUGGAGAAUGUCGCCGAGGCUCGGGAGGAGGUCAUUGUGGUCCGUGAGGAAGUCGCCGAGGGCCUGGAGAAUGUCGCCGACUCUCGGGAGGAGGUCGCCAUGGGUCAGGAAGAAGUUCCGGAGCUCCGGAAUGAGGUCCCAGAGGGCCAGAAUGAGGAUUUAAUGGACCAGCGUGAAGUUGUCAACGAGCGGGAUAAUGACAUUCAUGACCGAGAUGAGAUCAAGAAGGGCUGGAAUGAGCUCGAAACAGAACGGAACAACUUUGACAGAGUGGUACCGGACUGUUCAUGUGAGGAACGUUAUAAAUUUCUCUCUGAGCUGCAACUCGCCAUGAUACCAUACAGCGACUUGUCUCGAACAACAAACAUGGGCGCUAAUUUCGAAUAUUCCACAAACUCCACACCUUUACAUCGCCGCUCAAAGCGCAAGAGGCACGAUCGCGAACAUUUGGUAGAGAUCGCUGCACAGUUCCUUGAAUUUGAAAAGAAAAAAGCUAUUUUACAUCACGGACGAGAAUUGCUUUACAUGCAACAAGAACAAGCUCGUUUAGGUGUGUUCGAAACGCUUUCGAAAACCUUGCAGACCUGUAGUGCGGCUAUAUCAAAAUGCAUAGAUGGAAUACUCCACUUCAUUAAAUAAGCAGAUUUUGCUCUGUUUAAAAAUGAUUUGAAACUCAUUUACUUCUUUGGGAAGCCCAUUUCGUCGGAGCGUUCUUUUCUACAACUCGUAGAACCUCUCUUCUGUUUUCUUCCGACAGCAAUAAAGAAAUUUGAAAUUGUUAGGUAGUGCAAUAGGCAAUCAAUUAAGUAGAAUAAGUAGAUGAUGAAUUGAUGAUAUAAAGUCAGUUAAAUAUAAACUGCUGUUGUCCAUUAAAAAAAAACGUGUUUCUAUAGGACGCAGCUACGUAAUGCUAUCCAUAUCCACCUAGAGUAUAUGUGACAUCCUACAACUUUCUGUUUUAUGUUCCAUUGAUAGUAGACCUUGGAACCCUAAGAUAUCUACAAUUUGUUUUUUCUGAAGUGUAUCUACAAUAUUGUUAGCAGAUUUAAAAUUGUACAUAUGUAGGACAGUAUAUAAAAAAUGUUAUUGUUAUGUAGUGUAUUCAUGUUUAAAUUAUUUUAAGAGAAUUAAAAUGUUAUAAAACUAUAUACCAGUUGACUAAAUUAAACAUAUGGUAUUGAAACGGAUAUGGGGUAAGCGGUUACGUUAAUAAAUAAAUCUAUUUUCUUGAAUUUCAUGUUAUUAAAAUAAAUGUG